CUCGCGCCCCCCUGGCCCUCGCCUCCUUGCCGCGCGUACCCCGCGUCCCCAGCCCCUUCUGUCCUUUCCACGGACCCCGCCGCCGCCAUGGCCACCCUUCUUCGCAGCAAGCUGUCCAAUGUGGCCACAUCCGUGUCCAACAAGUCCCAGGCCAAGGUGAGCGGCAUGUUCGCCAGGAUGGGUUUUCAAGCGGCCACCGACGAGGAAGCAGUGGGUUUUGCUCACUGUGACGACCUCGACUUUGAGCACCGUCAGGGCCUGCAGAUGGACAUCCUGAAAACCGAGGGUGAGCCGUGCGGGGACGAGGGCGCGGAACCGCCCGUCGAGGGAGACAUCCAUUACCAGCGCGGCGGUGGCGCGCCCCUGCCGCCCUCCGGCUCCAAAGACCAGAAUCUGGGGGCUGGUGGAGAAUUCGGGGGCCACGACAAACCCAAGAUCACCGCGUGGGAGGCGGGCUGGAACGUGACCAAUGCUAUCCAGGGCAUGUUCGUGCUGGGCCUGCCCUACGCCAUCCUGCACGGCGGCUACCUGGGCUUGUUCCUCAUCAUCUUCGCCGCCGUGGUGUGCUGCUACACCGGCAAGAUCCUCAUCGCCUGCCUGUACGAGGAGAACGAGGACGGCGAGGUGGUGCGGGUCCGGGACUCGUACGUAGCCAUAGCCAACGCGUGCUGCGCCCCGCGCUUCCCCACGCUGGGAGGCCGCGUGGUGAACGUAGCGCAGAUCAUCGAGCUGGUGAUGACUUGCAUCCUGUACGUUGUGGUCAGUGGCAACCUCAUGUACAACAGCUUCCCAGGGCUGCCCGUGUCGCAGAAGUCCUGGUCCAUCAUCGCCACCGCUGUGCUGCUGCCCUGCGCCUUCCUUAAGAACCUCAAGGCAGUGUCCAAGUUCAGCCUGCUGUGCACUUUGGCUCACUUCGUCAUCAACAUCCUGGUCAUCGCCUACUGCCUCUCGCGGGCACGCGACUGGGCCUGGGAGAAGGUCAAGUUCUACAUCGAUGUCAAGAAGUUUCCCAUCUCCAUCGGCAUCAUCGUGUUCAGCUACACGUCCCAGAUCUUCCUGCCUUCGCUGGAGGGCAACAUGCAGCAGCCCAGCGAGUUCCACUGCAUGAUGAACUGGACACACAUCGCCGCCUGCGUGCUCAAAGGCCUCUUCGCGCUGGUCGCCUACCUCACCUGGGCCGACGAGACCAAGGAAGUCAUCACGGAUAACCUGCCUGGCUCCAUCCGUGCCGUGGUGAACAUCUUCCUGGUGGCCAAAGCGCUGUUGUCCUACCCGCUGCCCUUCUUCGCUGCUGUCGAGGUGCUGGAGAAGUCGCUCUUCCAGGAAGGCAGCCGCGCCUUCUUCCCCGCCUGCUACGGCGGCGACGGGCGUCUGAAAUCGUGGGGGCUGACGCUGCGCUGUGCGCUCGUGGUCUUCACGCUGCUCAUGGCCAUCUACGUGCCGCACUUCGCGCUGCUUAUGGGCCUCACCGGCAGUCUCACCGGCGCCGGGCUCUGCUUCCUGCUGCCCAGCCUCUUCCACCUGCGCCUGCUCUGGCGCAAGCUGCUGUGGCACCAAGUCUUCUUCGAUGUCGCCAUCUUCGUCAUCGGUGGCAUCUGCAGUGUGUCCGGCUUCGUGCACUCGCUGGAGGGCCUCAUCGAGGCCUACCGAACCAACGCGGAGGACUAGGGCGCCCGGGCUCCCGUUCUCCCGCGCUCUUCCCACCCUCCCC